AUGAGUAGUAUUGUGAAAAAGGCACAGACCCUGUUCACGCCUAAGUUCAAGAAGAAUGUCAACAGAAAGCGGCAGAGGACCUCCGAUGCAGAUACCUUGGUCACACCCCAAACCACCCAGCAGAGCCAAGAAGACCUGAUACCAGAUGCUGCUUCCCCCGAUAAACAAGCACCUUCUGUAACUCCAGAACCUUCCCAGGUAAGUUUCUACAGUUCCAGCAAGCUGGACAAGGUCGCUGAAGAAGAUGUGGAUCCACACGAUGCGACCCGGAAGAUCAGUAUUUCUGAGGAGGUCAUCACCAACGAAGGUGAAGAAGAUGAGGAGGAUUAUGGUGAUAAUGACAUUUUCAAGAAACCUCAAGAAGACCUCACCCGACGCAAGUCAUCCAUGUCACAGAGGCGAUUGUCAGGAAUCUCCAUCAGAAAAUCUGGUUCUCGGUCGGCGUCGAUCUCGAUUUCUGUCACUCCUAGAGGCUCCUUUGGCGAGUAUAACGAUAAAAUGCCAGCCCCCAUCCCUAUCGAGAUUCCAGUGACAAAGAACAAGCGAAGACGAUCUUCAGUAAUUAAGCCUUCCAAGCGGGUAUCAAUCUCUGACGGUCGAUCCAAGUCUGUAGGUGAAGGAGGUGAAGUACGUGAUAUUGAAGAGGAGGAUGAGGACGAUGCCAACGAGGAGAUGCUCCUAGUUGACGGAGUUGAAACGAGAGACACCGUCGUGGAGUACAAUGUGGACGACGAAAUUUCCAGAGACGAGUUGUAUGAGCAUGGGGAGUACCUUAUAUUUGCAGUCAACCCCAUCACGCUGAUAUUGAGCCAGUUCCGAACCGGGCCGUUGGAAGGUAAACUUGAGGGGCAUGACGAUAGAGACUAUCCUUUAGCACCCGAGACGGUGAGUAUGAAAAUCAGUUCAAUCAAGCAAAUCCCCAAACAUCUAAGGAAAAGGAAUAUUGGAUCUUUGGUCAAUAUCAAAAUCGACCUGGAAAAAAUGACCAUGGAAGACAUAUGCAACCCCUCCUUACCCGUAGGGGUAUUAUCGCACAACUUUCAGCUCGUACAGGAAGCCAAAAAGAGGACAUUGGAGGCACAAGCCUUCCGGAGAAAUGCUAGAAGAUAUGCCAAAUUGAAUCAAAUAUCGUAUGAGAAAGCCAUAGAGAUUUUGGAGAAGCAAGCCCGCAAGGCAGAACAAGAAAAUGGCACAGUAUCCAAAAAGGAAGAAGAUACCGAACAAGGAGUCAAGCCCGAUCCUGCAACCGAGCUUCCUUCUAUUCGUCAGACAACUGGACUUAAGUUGAACGUCAACCCCUCGGGAAAAAUUGACAUUGAUGCUGAGUCCACAGUGGUUCAGAGAGGCGCGCAGGACCUAGGCGAUAGACAGAGAGAGGAAACUAAUCCGUUUGAAAAACCAGUGAUCUCUAACACCUAUUCUAAGCGGAAGUACACCGAUAAAUGGGAACCCAACGAAGAGCAGAAGUUCUACGACGCCAUAAGUGUAUGGGGCACGGACUUUUCUAUCAUUAGCACGCUUUUUCCACACCGAACCCGCAAACAGAUCAAGGCCAAGUUCAAUAACGAAGAGAAACGUCGUCCUGAGCUUGUAGAUAUGGCCCUCAACCGACACGGAAAGGUUGAUUUGGAAAAGUUUGCUGCCGAGACCAGGAUGAAGCUUGAAACGAAGGCUCACUUCGAAGAAGCGCAACGGCAGAUCCGAGUGGAGAAUGACGCUCAGAAGAAGGAGAUUUUGAAAGAACGAGAAAGAGCUAUGCUUGAAGAUGCCGAGAAGAAUAGAAGAAAAGAGAUUGAACGGAAGUCGGGACAACGGCAACCGAUCCAACGACUUUCCAGAACCAAGCAAUUGCGGCAAAACGAAGAAGUGGUGGGGACCUUGGAAAAGAAGUAG